AGACCACAUUGCCACUUUGCCCUAAACAGAGCGCUGUUCUCCUCUCUUCUGCAAACACACAUCGUGACUCCACUAUCAUCUCCUACCUUCGCCAACGUCCCCGUUACCCCCUUCUCCAGCGCAGCUGUCGUCACCUUUUCCAGCGCCGCCGUAUACUUUCCCUCCUCUCUCCAUCGGCGAUACCUCCGAAAUGAAGCACUACGACAUUUCUGGAACAACUCUGUCUGUUGCUCUCUUCACAGAGGUCGCUAAUUCCAAGGAACUUUUGGAGCUGAUGCAAGCUGGAACACUAGAGCCUGAAAUAGCCCUUCUCAAUGCAUCUUUGAUUCCAGAUAUUUUCCCGGUUUUAGCAGCUGCUCAUAAAACACUUGUAUCCAAAUCAAGGGAUUCAUUGACAACUCGGACUCUUCAUUCUGAGCUUGUUUAUAAUUACUCAGGAUCUAAACAUAUUUCUGAAUCAUUAAAACGUUGUGGUAUCUCUGAUAGCACCACAUAUAUUCUUGCUGCUCGAUUUAAUGCUUCUGAAGAAGAGUUGAAUGCAAUGAAGACGCUUAUCAAAGGAAAGGAAAUUGAUUUAGAAGAGUUGGAAGGAAGAGCAAACAAAUCUCAAAUACUAAAGCAAUACAAAAUAACGGGGGUAGAACUGGGAAUAUCAACAAUUGGAGAUGCAAUAACUUGUAGGAUUGCUGCUCGUGAUGCUUUGUGAGGGUACCCAUUUGAAUUUUUUUUUUAUCCUUUGUGUGUGUUUUUUCUGGAAAGGGUUUUGAAUUUUCAUUUCUCGUUUUCUGUUAAGAUAACAACACUGUUGUAUUUGAAAAAUACAUGGUUUGAAUUUGUAUAAAUUCUUGAUUCAGAAUCUGGUGUCAAUUAGGAAAUACAGUGAAUUGUUGAAAACUUAA